AUGGCCUCAAAAGCAAAGCCGAAGACACAAUCAAACGAAGCAAUAAUCGCCGGCUUUAAUGAAUUACGAGCCGAACAAAGACAAGUGGCCAACAAAGUGGCCGAACUCGAGGCCGACCUCUCAGAACACAAACUGGUGUUGGAAGCGUUGGCCGAGACUAACGGCGACCGCAAGUGUUUCCGAAUGAUUGGCGGCGUUCUUGUCGAGCGAACGGUCGCCGAAGUUUCGCCUUCGCUGCAGAAGAAUAAAGAGAUGAUUUCGCAAAUGAUUGAAACAUUGAAACAACAAAUCGUUACUAAAGGACAACAAAUCACGGAAUAUAUGGACAAAAACCAGAUUCAGAUCCGCUCUCAACCGACGGCGCAAUCGUUAGCCGCGUCUGAAUCGGGCGCCGGAGCCGAGGGUUCGGGCGUUUUGGUCGCCAAUAGUUAG